UUUUGUUGAUGCCUUCAUUAGUUUUUCUAAAUAAAUAUUCUGCGGCACUUGGUGAUAAAAUAUUAAAUAUUUGUCGGUAUACAGCCCUGGCGACUUCCAGUUUUGCUUUUCUUCAAUGUCAGAAUAAUGGAAGGUUCUUUCGAGGACCAGAUUCUGCUAGAGUUUCUGGAGGAAGCCGAGCUACAGCAGUAUCACAAGUUGUUCAGGGAAUCUCUGAAGGUGUCAAAGUUAUCUCAGCUGAAGUAUGUCUUCUCUGAAGACUUGGCUCAAAUUGGGCUCUCCAAACCCGAGCAGAGACGCUUCAAGAAAAUCUACUCCAAAUACUUUCCCAACCAGUACAUAUCCAGAAUAAAGAAUCUGUUUCUACCAAACAGACGUCACGAACUGCAUAACCAUGGCCCCAGCUCUUUGCCAACUGAUCUACACCUUCUCUCGGAGAGCACCGUCCAUGUGCCAUCCAAACACAUCAUACCAAAGGAUGACAUCACUAUCAAUAAAGAACUUGGGAUGGGGCAGUUUGGAGUGGUGCAGCAGGGGACUUGGACCACAGGCAAUCAGAGGAUCCAAGUGGCAAUCAAGUGCCUGGGCCACGAGCGUAUGACGUCAGACUCGACGGAGUUCCUGAAGGAGGCGGCGGUGAUGCACGGCAUCGAACACCCGUUCAUAGUGCGGCUGUACGGGGUGGUGCUGGACGUGGAGUCGCUGAUGCUGGUCACAGAGCUAGCGCCUCUCCGCUCGCUCCUAGAGUGUCUCCGCGAGGUGUCCCUCCGCCCGCACUUCCCCGUGCCCACUCUGUGCGAGUUCGCCGAGCAGAUCUGCAGCGGCAUGACUUACUUGGAACAGAAGAGGCUGAUACAUCGUGACCUGGCAGCCAGGAACAUUCUGGUGUUCAACAAGGAUCGUGUCAAGAUAUCCGACUUCGGCUUAUCUCGGGCACUGGGAGUCGGCAAGGAUUACUAUCAGACCAACUAUAAUGUGAACCUCAAACUGCCAGUCGCAUGGUGUGCCCCAGAAUGCAUCUUGUACCUCCGCUUCACCACUUCGAGCGACGUGUGGGCUUACGGGGUGUGUCUGUGGGAGAUGUUCACUUACGGGUUCCAGCCGUGGGUGGCGCUGACUGGCCAGCAGAUAUUGGAGGCUAUAGAUUCGCCCAACUGUCAGCGUCUAGAGCGUCCGGAGCUGUGUCCGGAGCAGUACUACAUAGUGAUGCUUCACUGCUGGGAGCACGACCCCACGCACCGACCCAAGUUCAGCCAGCUGCUCGUCAAACUGCAGUCUAUUCGCCCUGAACAGGUGCAAGCUACCCAAAACUUCCACAAGCCAGAUGAGAACCGUCUUCGCGUCAGCUACUUGGAAUACAAGACCGGCCAGACUAUUACAGUGCUGGGAAAGAAUCACAACAACACGUCACUAUGGUAUGGAGUGUUGGCAGGCGGCGCCUGCGGCCUUUUCGACCCCGCUUGCACCAAGCCCGUCGUGCCUAAAGGAGCUGCCAAGCCGCCGCGUCAAGUGGUGCCCCCCUACCAGCCGUGCAAGGAGCUGGACCAGCAGCCGCUGAUCAACCCGCACUCGCCGUCCUUCCUCACCGGCGCCGUGUCCAUGCCGCCGUAUCCGCUGCUCGAUGCUGAAGCUACUGCUGAUGUGUCGGCUUCGGCCUCCACAUCUGCAGCGGAGAUGUGCAGCAAGAGCUCCCGGAAGAACGGAAAAGAGAACAUCGUCAGCUCCGGAAAGGGAAUUUUGAACAAGGUAAAAGCCGGUAUAUUCAAGAGCCACGACAGCGCAUCGCACAACAUUGAGCCUGAACACGAGUACUCUGAAAUUGGCGAGACUGAUAAUAAGGGCGGUACGGAAUUCAGUCAGAUAUUACUGCAGGAAAUGGAGAGUAUUAUAAAGAAGACCAACACUAUGUCCCGCUACUAUCACUACAGUGACUCGAAUAAUUGGGAAGCACCUGAUUUCUUUGAUGACUUCGGAAGGGGAAAAGCCCACACGAUGUCAGCAUCGGAGAAGAAGCGCGGCUUCCACUCGGGCACCAUGAAGCCAAUGUCAGCGCACGACACCAAGACUCUCGACACUGCUGUCGCACUCGCCAACAAGAUUACCACCAGAAUGUUGCUCAGAUCCAUGAAUGAUCUGGAGCCAGGCAAGUGGGGCACUGAGGAAGACAACAACAUAUUGAAAGAACUCACUAAGAAGGACAAAGAAGCGCCUAAAGAAGAACAAGAUGAUAAACCGUGCCGCAACUUUAGCGAGCAAGCUAGAAGCGUUCCUGAUAUACAGGAAACAAUAACAGAGGAGAGCAAGGCGGCAUACACGACGUUCAUCGAACAGCCCUCUCUGGUGUCCAGUCUGAUCCCGCAGCUGGCGGCCACUCAGCCGCUGACGGGCGGCUCCAGUGAGGACCUGGGCAGGGAUGGGAGGAGGAGCUUGAGGUGCAACAUCAGCCACCCACCGCACAGAUAUCCGGAGAAACCAAUCGCUACAGUUGAGAUCGAUUAUCACCAUGAAUAUUACAACGAGCCUCGCUCCAGCACAUCCAACGACAACGAGCUAGCCCUCCCACCACGAACAUCCAAGCCCAAGCUGGUGGACAAGCCGAGACACGUCCGCAAACACCCACUGCUGACGCAGCCAUCGCGCCCGGACGCCAAGAAACCGAUACCGAAGAAUAACAACAUCUACCAGAACUGCCACAUGCAGGCUAGGGAGAAAGCGCAGUAUCAGAAUCUGGGUGACGAAGGCGUCGACGUGUUCGACGGUGUCGUCAAAGACACGAACCCGUUCAAGUCGCAUGCAAACCCGUUUGAGAGCUUCAUGCCUGACCCACAGCCCAGCACCAGCGGUACUGCGUUUUACGAAGAAGGUUCCUUAGUUAAAGGUCGGAAAUCUUCAGCUGAUUUCCCGCACGGAAUGUCUAGAAGCCCUGGAGCUAUGCAACUGGCUGGUCCACUCGGCUAUCAAGGCGGCGCGAGUGCGGCUUACUGCUGGGGCUCCCCUCAGCGACUGCGUCAGGGCACUUACGGAACACCAGUGGGACGAGACGCAAGCUACGCCUCACGUUACGCACCGCUAGAUGGCGGUAGUAUGUUUGGCUACACAGCAGAGAUGAAGUAUGUCAACGUGCCGGUAGAUGGCAGUGUUAACGGACAGGCUAAACACCCGCGAUUGUUGAAAGAUCCGGCUGUUAGGAAAUGUAGUGAUGUUUAUAGCAGUAAGUAUAAAUUUCGUUUGCUGCCUGACCCGUCUGUAGAGCGUGAGACAGGUUUCUUCUCAUUGUCACCACUAGGUGGCGCUGUAAAUAGCCAAUCACAGCGCAUUUCUAAAAGCCCGCAACCAUCAGUGGUUCGAGACUUUAGUUGUGCCUCGCCAGAUGGCACUGUCAGUCGUCCUAAAUCACAGCCGCUCGAUACGGAUGUUUAUGUAACAAUGUAUAAAUUUCGGCCAUUGCCUGACCCGCCUGUAGAGCGUUCGACAAGCGUAGUUUCAUAUAGGCGACCACGAGGUGGCGCUGUAGGCAGCCAAUCACAGCGCCACUCGCGAUCAGCACUGGUUCGAGACUCAGCCCGUGCCUCACUAGAUGGCUCUGUCAGACGUUCUCGAUCUCAGCCGCUUGAUACGGAUAUUUAUACGGCUAUGUAUAAGUUUCGGCCUUUGCCCGACCCACCAGUAGAGCGAAACACAGGUGUGUCACGGCGAGGCGGCCACGUAGUUACAAAACCAGUUGUAGAUGGCGCUUUGCAACUAGCUCCGCACGGUUCGCCGGGUAUUUAUAUGAAUAUGAGUAAGUUCCGGUCGAACCCCAACCCGCCUAUUGGACGAGACAAAAGUCCGGUAGAUGUUGCUGCAAACGUCAGCCAAUCACAGCCCUCUUCGCGCAGAUCCGGCGGGAAACACGCAUGCCGUGGAUGCGCCACUUACAAGCCUCUUAAACUGAGCAAUGACUACAUAGAGUUAAAGCCAUAAGCAUAGGAGUCAGAAGGAUAGUAUUUAGUUAUAUAGUAUACGUGAUUUAACCAGCCCUCUAUAAAACUAGAUGUAAGAAACAAUAGGAACGGAAGAGCCGGUAUAAUUUAUAAAACAAAACAAAAAUGGUUGACAAAAUCGAAGCUUACGUCAAUAUUCCGUACGUAAGUUCCCUCCAAAAUACAGUCAAAAAUUUCCACCUAUUUACAAAUUAUAUUUAAGUAAACAUUUUUAUGUACUACAUAGCUUUAGAUUAUACCCACUUAUUUAUCUUAUUAUUUUUAAGUAAUGGUACUUAAUUAAUUUAACACCUAGGAUCUGCGAUGAAAUGGUGGCCGAUUCCUAUCCACUCGCCUUUUGAGUGUAGUGUCAGCAUCUAUGGUAAAAUGGUCACUUACAGUGUGAUAGUUAUUGCGU